AUGAAGCGGUUCGUUUUAACUGGUUAUUCUGUUUUAAGUCUUUUAUUUUCGGUGGUGAUUAGUUCUCAGAUUAAUCAUGGAAAGCAAGUUUGGCCGGUGCCUUACAGGCGAUUUGACCGCCGUCCACCCACUGACCCAUACUGCCAGGCGCUGUACCCGUUUUGCCCAACUGGAGACUCAGGAGGCCGCAUUCCUGACAUGAAUGAAAAUGAUGUCAUUUCAGUGUUUCGACUGCAAACUCCAGUGUGGGAAUUUAAAUAUGGAGAUCUUCUGGGGAAAUUUAAUAUAAUGCAUGAUGCCAUUGGUUUUGCCAGUUCUAAAAGUGGAAGAAACUACACUAUGGAGUGGUAUGAGCUCUUUCAGCUCGGAAACUGCACGUUUCCUCAUGAAAGACAGGACACAGUGGAACCAUUUUGGUGUAAUCAGGGCGCUGCCUGCUUCUUUGAGGGGAUAGAUGACGUACACUGGAAACAGAAUGGAACUCUUGAAAAAGUGGGAGAGAUUUCAGGUAAGCAGUUUAAUAGUCUGGCACAGUGGGUUAAAGAGGACAACGAGACGGGUAUUUACUACGAGACGUGGACAGUACGUUCAGACUCUGAAGCCAACGCCACCACUUGGUUCGAGUCAUUCGACUGUUCUCAGUUUGUGCAUCGCACAUACAGAAAACUGAAUGAGCUAGGGGCCAAGCUCUCGAGCAAAACUCAGACGAACUACACUAAAAUUUACCUGUACGGUGGUGAGCCUACCUUUCUUGGGAAUGACAGCAUCUUCCACCAGGAAUCCAUGAAAUCUCUGGCCAUGGACAUCAGAAAGUUUUAUCACUCGUUUCAGCCACACCAGUCAAUGCUCCAGUUUGUUCUCAGCUUGAUUAAAGCCUAUGAAAAAGUAGUAUUGGAGAAAACAUUCUAUUUGUACUACAAUUUUGAAUAUUGGCACUUGCCAAUGAAGCCACCUUAUAUCCAAAUUACAUAUGAGGAAGUACCUUUACCACGAUAACUGUCUUUACCAAGAGUAAAAUGUUUUACUUACUGUAUUCCACUGGCAAAGCAGAGUAUAUAUUCACACCACUACCAGCUAAUACCUGUUUGCUAGGUUUUGCAUGGGAUUUGCUCUGUCUAAUAGACCAAAGGUGCCUAAAUUGCCAAAGGUGAAAAUAUAUUUCUUUUUUGCAGUGAUAUUUGCAAUCACAAAAUUAGAUGUAAUUUUAACAAAUUAUUUUUUAAAAAUUGUAGUUAAAACAAUGAUCAAAGCAUCAUGUAAACAUAAAUAAUACUACAGACAAUAAUUUUCCAACCUUUUUCCCCCAAUUUUCUCCCAAAUUAUUGCUUAUUUUGUGAUUAUUUACCAAUGAGAAACAUCAAAGGGUUAAUUUGGUUGGCAAAUGCAACAUGAAUGUGAUG